AGCGCCUCCUCCUCCUCCGCUUGGGGUUGUGCUGCGGCCAUCUGUGAAACUUUGGAAGCCCCUUUGUCGUCUACAACGUCACAUUUGUGUUUCAAAUUAACUUCUCCGCGCGACACAGCAUGUGAAAGUAAAGCAAUCUACCGAAUGAUGACUUUCACUUCAUAGCGCGGUGGCACACUCCAUCUUUGUUGUUGUCUUCAAGUGGUCUCCGAGGUCGCCGCCAUGGCUCGCGGCUGCGUCUGCUGCGUCAAGUACAUGCUCUUCCUCUUCAACCUGCUCUUUUGGCUGUGCGGGUGCGGCCUGCUGGGCGUGGGCGUGUGGCUGUCGGUGUCCCAGGGCAGCUUCGCCACGCUGUCGCCCUCCUUCCCGUCGCUCUCCGCCGCCAACCUCAUCGUCACCCUGGGCACCGUGGUCAUGGUGACGGGCUUCCUGGGGUGCCUGGGCGCCAUCAAGGAGAACAAGUGCCUGCUGCUGAGCUUCUUCAUCGUCCUGUUGAUCAUCCUCCUGGCGGAACUCAUCCUUCUCAUCCUCUUCUUCGUCUACACCGACAAGGUGAGUGACACGGCCAGGCGGGACCUGAAGGACGGGCUGGUUCUGUACAACACGGAAGACAAUGCCGGGCUGAGGGACGCCUGGAACGCCAUCCAGGGGGAGUGGCGCUGCUGUGGGGUGAUGAGCUCCAGCGACUGGCACUCGGCCCUGCAGGUGAACGCGGUUCCUGACAGCUGCUGCCAGGUCGUCCACUCGGGAUGCGGACGCAACGCUUCCAACGUCUUCUGGACACGGGGCUGCUACGAGAAGGUGGAGGAGUGGCUGGACGACAACAAGCACCUGCUGGGAACCAUCGCCAUGUGCGUGCUGGUCAUUCAGCUCCUGGGGAUGGCGUUCUCCAUGACGCUCUACCAGCAGAUCCACCAGGCGGGGAAGAAGUACGAAGCCUGAGCCACUUUCAAACACUUAAAAAGCUGGUACAUUCAACAUAUACACAUACUCAUGUUUAAAAAUAUGUGUUUUAUUUGCAGUAAUACUACAUGCAUUUAUUCCUCUAGCUGGUAGAUGUUUUAUACCAAAUACUCUACACUUGGUGUCCUGAUAUGUUCAAUUAAAGCCUUUAAGGAUAAGAUG